UCUCCUCCUCCAGCUCCACGCCAAUUAAACCCUACUACUACUGCUACCAGCACUGCUCUCGCCCCUCGCGUUAUCUCCGCCCCCCUCGCGCAGCCCACGUACAAAACCAAACAAAAAAGCGCCGAGCAACGCAGAUAGAGAAUUGCGGUGCCCACCGCUCUCGCGGCGGCGAUGGAGGCCACGGCGCCCGACUACUACGGCCGCGACAAGAAGGGCUCCGACCUCUUCGUCGUCGACGACCUCCUCUCGCUGCCGUGCGACGACGAGGAGGAGGAGGAGGAAGGGGUCGGCGAGGCGCCGUUCCUGCCGGCCAACGCCGCCGCCGUCAUCGUCAAGCAGGAGGCCGGGUUCGGGAACGUGUCGGCCGACUCGUCCACCGUCACGGCCCUCGACAGCUGCAGCAACUCCUUCUCCGGCCUCGCCGACGGCGACUUCUCCGGCGGCCUCUGCGAGCCGUACGAUCAGCUGGCGGAGCUGGAAUGGCUGUCCAACUACAUGGGCGAGGGCGAGGAGAGCUUCGCAACCGAGGACCUACACAAGCUGCAGCUCAUCUCCGGCAUCCCCUCCGGCGGCUUCCCCUCGGCGAACGGGCCGCCUGCUCCGGCGGCAACCGCUGCCACGGCGCAGCCCGGCGUGUUCCUGCCGGAGGGCCCCGUCCCCGCCAAGGCGCGUAGCAAGCGCUCCCGCGUUGCGCCGGGCAACUGGUCGUCCCGCCUGCUCGUUCUCCCGCAGGCCCCGGCCUCCCCGCCGUCCCCGGCGUCCAUGGCCAUCUCGCCGGCGGAGUCUGGCGUCUCAGCCCAGGCGUUCCAUGUCAAGAAGCCUUCCAAGCCGGCCAAGAAGAAGGAGGUGCCGCCGCAGGCGCAGGCACAGGCUCAGGCUCAGUCAGUGAGCGCGCCCACAGCGCCCUCCGGCGUCACGGCGGCGGCCAACGAAGGUCGGCGGUGCCUGCACUGCGAGACGGACAAGACGCCGCAGUGGAGGACGGGGCCCAUGGGCCCCAAGACGCUGUGCAACGCGUGCGGGGUGCGGUACAAGUCGGGCCGGCUGGUGCCGGAGUACCGCCCGGCCGCGAGCCCGACGUUCGUGAUGUCGAGGCAUUCCAAUUCCCACCGCAAGGUGCUGGAGCUCCGCCGCCAGAGGGAGAUGCACCACCACCACCAGCCGUCGCAGCUCCAGCAGCACGCCGUCGCCGGCGGCGUCGGAAGGAUAAUGCACAUGGAGAGCCACCUGCUGUUCGACGGGCCGGCGGCGCCGCCCAUCCUCGGCGGCGGCGACGACUUCUUGAUCCACCACCGCCUAGGGACGACGGACUACCGGCAGCAACUCAUCUAGACGAGUCGUCAGUCUAUUAGAACUGAUCAGUUUAGCUCAGGAAUAAUAAUGAAAAGCAGCUAAAACCCCAAGAGCCGGAAAUAUCGGAAGAACUGCAAAUGUUUGCUUAUUACUAGGAGUUAUAUUUUCCCAGUUUUCUCUACCCCGUUUGGUUAGCCUGUGUGCUUUUUGUUGAGCUCGAAAUUUUCGUGUCGAUUUAGUUCAUGAUCCUCCCCACUUUCCCGCUUGAUUAGUUCACUCCUAAUUACCCCUCAGAAACUAAUUCUAGGGAGUCGGGUCCUUUUAUUUUCUUAGCAUUUUGUAAUACAAAAUACUUUUCAUUU